AUGCGCACCAACAAUAAUGUUGAAGGCUGGAAAAUGGGCUCAACCGCCAAGCCUCUGGACGGGGACAGCUGCCAACGUAUUUGCUGAUAAAGUUUCUACACAAAGAAGCUACACUUACUGCCCUCCAGAUCCAUCUUGUUUCCGAGAGGAAAUUGAGAAGAAUACAGCGACCCAAGUACCACAACCUGCUGGCGAAGCUGUGCGAACUUUGGGACCAGUAUGAAGCGAAAGAAUGA